GGAGAACUGCCCAACCACCCCUUCAGUUCAUCUUCGUCCCCCCCCAAGACUAGUUAGCUUGCAGAGUCUCCACUGCUUCUCUUGUAGUGUUUCGGAGAAACAAAGUAGAGCUGGUGGUGGAAACAAUCAACACCCAGAAACCCAAAGCCGUAGAGCAUAUAUAUCCUUGUGUCUGAGAAUGAAUGGCAAAAAGGGUAGCGUCGAGAUCGACAUUCCUCCGGCAUCGAAGACCAAACAGCCAGAAACCUGGAAGAAACCAAUCACAGGAGGCUUCUCCAUUAAAGAAUGGAUGUCGAAUGUGUGGAGCUUUGCAAAAGAAGAUAGUAACAGAGUAAUAUUCUCACUAAAGGUGGGCUUUGCUGUUCUCCUUGUGUCGCUGCUAAUACUUUUCCGGGCACCUUAUGAAGUAUUCGGCACCAACAUCAUCUGGUCCAUCCUCACUGUCGCCAUUAUGUUCGAAUAUACAGUCGGAGCGACGUUUAACCGAGGGUUCAAUCGAGCACUUGGAAGCUUACUUGCCGGAAUUUUUGCUGUUGCCGUUGGUGAAGUUGCUCUGCGCACCGGCCAUGUUGCCGAACCCAUAAUAAUCGGCAUUAGCAUCUUCUUUAUUGGUACUAUUACCUCAUUCAUGAAGCUAUGGCCGUCCCUCGUCCCAUACGAAUAUGGGUUCAGGGUCACACUCUUCACCUUCUGUCUAAUAAUAGUCUCUGGUUAUCGGAUGGGUAGCCCAAUCAGAACUGCCAUGGAUCGGCUGUACUCGAUUGCCAUCGGAGGGAUUGUAGCAGUUCUAGUGAACGUCCUCGUAUUCCCCAUUUGGGCAGGGGAGCAGCUUCAUAAAGAGUUGGUCAAUAGCUUCAACUCGGUGGCGGACUCUCUUGAAGAGUGCGUAAGAAAAUAUUUAGAAGACGAUGGAUCUGAUCACACAGAGUUUGCGAAGACCGUCAUGGACGAGUUCCCCGACGAGCCGGCGUAUCGAAAAUGCCGAGCAACGAUGAAUUCAUCGGCGAAAUUUGAUUCUUUGGCGAAUUCGGCGAAAUGGGAGCCCCCACAUGGCAGGUUCAAGCAUUUCUUCUAUCCAUGGUCGGAAUAUGUGAAAGUCGGUGCCGUCCUCCGGUAUUGCGCCUACGAAGUAAUGGCGCUUCACGGUGUCCUGCACUCCGAGAUACAGGCACCCUAUAACCUUCGGGUUGCGUUUCAAUCGGAGAUCCAGGAUGCCAGCAGCCAUGCAGCAGAGCUAGUGAGGAGCUUGGGUAAGGACAUAAGCAACAUGAAACGAAGGCUUCAAAAUUCUCUACUGAAGAGAGUCCACAGCUCAACUGAACGUCUCCAGCGUGCCAUAGACAUGCACUCCUACCUACUCACCUCCGGCCAUGACCUACUUGACUACUCCAAGCCACUUCCCAAAAUCUCUAGUACUCUCUCGUCUGCCCCGUCCGACCUCUCCGCCCAACUGGCUGAGCCGGCAGGUAGCAACCGCCCUGAGCCGCCCCAGGAAGCCCAAGCACCUGCUGAGACUCUCCCUCCGGCCCCAGCUGAAUCAUACAAUGAGACAAUGAAAAAGCAACAGAGGAGGCUGUAUUCAUGGCCUCUGAGAGAGGUGGAUACAUUCGAAGAGGGUACCGUGGGCGGCGCCGGCAACUUACUGCCGAGAAUGAGUGCACUGGAGAGCACCACGGCCCUGUCACUGGCCACCUUCACCUCAUUGCUUAUUGAGUUCGUGGCUAGGCUUGAUCACUUGGUUGAAGCUGUGGAUGAGCUUGCUAAAAUGGCCAAGUUCAAGAAUGAGGAUUCAUAAACUGAAGGCGCCCUUCUUAGUCUUGCAUAUUUGAUUUUGAUGAUGUAAAAGUAGA